UCUCUGGGGGGGGGGAGGAAGAAAUGGUCAGAACCACUAAAAGGAAAAACCCACCCAGAGGUGCAUUGAUAAAGCUACCUGCUAGGAGCUCCAGGUUGCGAGGAGCUGCUCAAGAUGAAGGGGCUUCUGUGUGUUCUCCUGGCUGCGGUUGUGUGCAAGGAGCUAGCCCACGCCUUGCAGUGUUACACAUGCCUGGAGCCGAUGAGCGCCUCCCUGUGCAUGACCAUCAGCAACUGCUCCACGAAUGACAUCGUGUGCAAGACAGUCAUGUACUCCCUAGAGGAAGUUUUCCCCUUCGUGGGCGACUCAACCGUCGUCAAGGGGUGCGCUCAGAAAUGCAUCCCGUCCGACGUGGAUGAAAUCGGGGGCUCUCGCCCCACCUUCUGCUGUAACUCUGACUUGUGCAACGUGGAUGGGGCGGUCAGCAUACAAAUCAGCUACGUGGUGAUGGGGAUUUCAGCCAGUUUCCUCUGCGUCCUCCUCAGGACUGGGCUGUGAGGAGCCAGGCAGGUGAAGCCGUUACACCCGAAGAACCACCCAACAAGAGCCAAGCCCCUCUUGGCUGCGCUUGCCAUCUACAUUCCCAAUGGGUGGCCUUGGACACUUGUUGGAAGAUGCUUCUUCGCUUUCUUAGACACGGUGGCCCCUUGGAAAGAUGUUAUCUCUGCCUUCCUGUCCCCGUUGAUAAAGGGACCUGGCUCAGGAAUGCCCAGUCGGACAAUCUCUCUACCAGCUCCUUGUUAAAUUAAAUUAAAUGCUAAUCUGUA